AUGAGGUAUUCGGGUCUGCAGAGAGAGGUGUUAUCUCUUUAUCGGAAAUGCCUACGGGAAAGCAGGAAGAAAGAUGUUAUUGCGAGACCGCAUUUCAAGUCCUUUGCAAGGACGGAAUUCGAAAAAGGCAUUGGCCUUGACAAGAAAGACUUUGCUGCGAUAGAAUUCCUGCUACGAAAAGGGCAAAGGCAGCUCGAAAUGUACUCGUCCCCCGGGAUCAAGGAUAUACGAUGA